AUGACCAUCCCCGAUGAAUAUGAUAUUAUCGUCUGUGGCGGUGGAAGCACUGGGUGUGUGGUGGCCGGCCGCCUCGCCAACCUUGACCACAAUCUUCAAGUCCUGCUGAUUGAAGCCGGCGAGGACAAUCUGAACAACCCAUGGGUCUACCGCCCGGGAAUUUAUCCCCGAAAUAUGAAGCUGGACUCCAAGACAGCCUCGUUCUACUAUUCGCGGCCUUCGGAAUGGCUCGAUGGACGUCGCGCCGUCGUGCCAUGUGCUCAUGUUCUUGGGGGCGGUAGCUCCAUCAACUUCAUGAUGUACACCCGUGCAUCUGCUUCCGACUACGACGACUGGGAAUCUGCCGGCUGGAAGACUGACGAACUCCUGCCCUUGAUGAGAAAGCACGAGACCUACCAACGUGCGUGCAACAACCGCGACAUCCAUGGCUUCGAAGGGCCCAUCAAGGUCUCGUUCGGAAAUUACACCUACCCGAUCAUGCAGGACUUCCUCCGCGCGGCCGAGUCGCAGGACAUCCCUAUUACUGAUGACUUGCAGGACUUGAAGACUGGCCACGGAGCCGAACAUUGGUUGAAAUGGAUCAACCGUGAUACUGGACGGCGCAGCGACUCCGCCCACGCUUACGUCCACAGCACCCGAUCCCAGUACUCGAACCUACACCUCAAGUGCAACACCAAGAUUGACAAGGUCAUCAUCGAGAACGGCCGCGCAGUUGGAGUCGCAACGGUUCCAACCAAGCCGUUGGCAGGCCACAACCCACCGCGGAGGGUCUUCAAGGCCCGCAAGCAGAUAAUCGUCUGCGGUGGCACCCUCAGCUCCCCGCUCAUUCUCCAGCGAUCGGGCGUCGGGGACCCCGAGAAGCUCCGCCGGGCUGGCGUCGAGCCCCUGGUGAACCUACCGGGUGUUGGCCGCAACUUCCAAGACCACUAUCUGACUUUCUCGGUCUACCGAGCCAAGCCGGACGUCGAGUCCUUCGAUGAUUUCGUGCGCGGAGACCCCGAAGUCCAGAAGAAAGUCUUCGACGAAUGGAACAUCAAAGGCACCGGCCCGCUGGCGACGAACGGCAUCGAAGCCGGCGUGAAAAUCCGGCCCACCCCGAAGGAACUGGAGGAGAUGAAGACCUGGCCGACCAACGACUUCUACAAGGGCUGGGAGAGCUACUUCAAGAACAAGCCCGAUAAGCCUGUGAUGCAUUACUCCGUCAUCGCUGGCUGGUUCGGCGACCACAUGCUCAUGCCCCCUGGCAAGUUCUUCACCAUGUUCCACUUCCUGGAAUACCCCUUCUCCCGGGGCUUCACGCACAUCCAGUCCGCGGACCCCUACGAAAGCCCCGACUUCGACGCCGGCUUCAUGAACGACAAACGCGACAUGGCCCCCAUGGUCUGGGGCUACAUCAAGUCCCGGGAGACUGCGCGCCGCAUGCACGCCUACGCCGGCGAGGUCACGGGCAUGCACCCGCACUUCUCGUACGACUCGCCGGCGCGCGCCUUCGACCUCGACCUCACCACCACCAAGGCCUACGCGGGGCCCAACCACCUCACCGCGGGCAUUCAGCACGGCUCCUGGUCCGCCCCCCUGGAACCCGGUACCUCGCCGACGACCACCUUCCUCAACUCCAACAAGCAGGAGACCCGGGACGAGCUCAAGUAUACGGCCAAGGAUAUCGAGCAUAUUGAGAAAUGGGUCCAACGCCACGUCGAAACAACCUGGCACUCCCUCGGAACCUGCAGCAUGGCCCCGCGGGCCGGCAACGCCCUCGCCCCGCAGGGUGGGGUCGUCGACGAGCGCCUGAACGUCCACGGCGUGCAGGGCCUCAAGGUCGCGGAUCUCUCCAUCUGUCCGGAUAAUGUGGGGUGUAAUACUUAUAGUACGGCCUUGCUGAUCGGGGAGAAAUGUGCGGUGUUGACGGCGGAGGAUUUGGGGUAUCGCGGGGCGGCGUUGGAGAUGAAGGUGCCUGAGUAUCAUGCGCCGGGGGAGACGAAGGGGUUGUCGAGGCUGUAG